GGGAAGACCACGGACCUCCUUCAUGGCUUCCGCGAACACCCGGCGUGUUGGGGAUGGUGCCGGGGGCGCCUUCCAGCCUUACCUCGACUCCUUGCGACAGGAGCUGCAGCAGAGGGAUCCGACGCUGCUGUCCGUGGCGGUGGCGGUACUGGCGGUGCUGCUGACGCUGGUGUUCUGGAAGUUCAUUUGGAGCCGAAAGAGCAGUCAGAGAGCUGUCCUCUUUGUUGGUCUCUGCGACUCUGGGAAAACAUUGCUGUUCGUCAGGUUGCUAACAGGCCAAUACAGAGACACACAGACUUCUAUUACCGAUAGUUCUGCUAUAUACAAAGUCAACAACAACAGGGGUAACAGCCUGACUUUGAUUGACCUCCCCGGGCACGAGAGCUUGAGGCUUCAGUUCUUAGAUCGCUUUAAGUCUUCAGCCAGGGCUGUGGUGUUCGUGGUGGACAGUGCAACGUUCCAGCGGGAGGUGAAAGAUGUGGCUGAGUUUCUGUACCAGGUCCUCAUCGACAGCAUGGCUCUGAAGAACACACCGGCCUUCUUAGUAGCCUGCAAUAAGCAAGAUAUCGCAAUGGCAAAAUCAGCAAAGUUAAUUCAGCAGCAGCUGGAGAAGGAGCUUAACACCUUGCGAGUCACCCGGUCUGCUGCUCCCAGCACCCUGGACAGUUCCAGUACUGCACCUGCUCAGCUGGGAAAGAAAGGCAAAGAAUUUGAAUUUUCCCAGUUGCCCCUCAAAGUGGAGUUCCUGGAGUGUAGUGCCAAGGGUGGACGAGGGGAUGCUGGCUCUGCGGACGUCCAGGACUUGGAGAAGUGGCUGGCCAAGAUCGCCUGAGGAGCAUCGCUGACCACAAACCUUGGUCAUGUGAGACUGAUAAAGAGGCCGUGUCGUUGUUUGUA